UUCCCUUCCAGACUUUGCAGUCGAACACAGCUAUUUGCACAUCGCUGAUGCAACACAUUGGCUGGCACAGUGAAGGAGCCAUUACCACCGGCACGUUGAAGUCAGCUUUCUGUUUUAGGAAGGCUUCACCGGCGAUUCAACUGUAUAUUUUCUGCUGCGACUGGACGGGAAAGCGACCAUGGGGGAUCAGUUGAGUCCAGAGGAGAAGCUCCAUCUCAUCACCAGGAAUUUGCAGGAGGUUCUGGGUGAGGACAAGCUGAAAACGGUCUUGAAGGAGAGAGAGCUGAAGGUGUACUGGGGCACCGCCACCACAGGGAAGCCCCAUGUGGCCUAUUUCGUGCCCAUGUCCAAGAUCGCUGACUUCCUGAAGGCCGGGUGUGAGGUGACCAUUCUGUUUGCUGACCUGCAUGCCUACCUGGACAACAUGAAGGCUCCAUGGGAGCUGCUGGAGCUCAGGACGCAGUACUAUGAGCAUGUGAUCAAGGCUAUGCUGGAGAGUAUCGGUGUGCCACUAGAAAAGCUGAAAUUCGUCAAGGGGACAGACUUCCAGCUGAGCAGAGAAUACACCCUGGAUGUGUACAGGCUCUCCUCCGUGGUCACGGAGCACGACGCCAAGAAGGCUGGGGCAGAGGUGGUGAAGCAGGUGGAGCACCCCCUGUUGAGUGGGCUUCUGUACCCCGGGCUGCAGGCUCUGGAUGAGGAGUACCUGAAAGUGGAUGCCCAGUUUGGGGGUGUAGACCAGAGGAAGAUCUUCACGCUGGCAGAGAAGUAUCUCCCCUCACUGGGCUAUGCCAAGAGGAUCCAUAUGAUGAACCCCAUGGUCCCAGGACUCACAGGGGGGAAGAUGAGCUCUUCGGAAGAGGAGUCAAAGAUCGACCUCCUGGACAAUAAAGUGGAAGUGAAGAAGAAGCUGAAGAAGGCUUUUUGCGAACCUGGCAACGUGCAGAACAACGGGGUCCUGUCUUUCGUCAAACACGUCCUCUUCCCCCUGCAUGCAGAGUUUGUCGUCAAGAGGGAUGAGAAGUGGGGCGGAGACAAAACCUAUACAGUUUAUGAGGAAUUGGAGCAGGACUUUUCAGCAGAGCACAUUCACCCAGGUGACCUCAAAGCCUCUGUGGAGGUGGCCCUGAACAAGCUGCUGGAUCCCAUCAGGAAGAAGUUUGAGAGCCCGGAACUGAAGAAGCUCACCAAUGCUGCCUACUCUGACCCCUCCAAAAAGAAGGGAGCACCAAAAGGAAACCCUAAAAACUCAGAGGAGGAUGACAUCGUUCCCUCACGGCUGGACAUCCGUGUGGGAAAAGUGGUCAGUGUGGAAAAGCACCCGGACGCUGACUCGCUGUACUUGGAGAAGAUUGACGUGGGGGAGGCGGAGCCCAGGACGGUGGUGAGCGGGCUGGUGGCCUACAUUACCCAGGAGCAGCUGCAGGAUCGGCUGGUGGUGUUGCUGUGCAACCUCAAACCACAGAAGAUGAGGGGUGUAGAGUCCCAGGCCAUGCUGCUGUGUGCCUCUGUCGAGGGGGAGCCUAGGAGGGUAGAGCCACUGGACCCCCCAGAGGGCUCAUCGCCAGGGGAACGCGUCUUCGUGGAAGGCUACGAGGCGGGCAAACCAGAUGAUGAACUGAAGCCAAAGAAGAAGGUGUUCGAGAAGCUGCAGGUGGACAUGAAGAUCUCAGGCGAGUGUGUGGCUCAGUGGAACGAGAAGGAUCUCAUGACCAAACUUGGACAGAUCACCUGCAAAACACUGAAGGGAGGGAACAUCAGCUAGACCCCUCCAUCUACCAGCCUGAUGGAUUUUCCGGUCUCCAUGACAACUGGGCUUACACAGGCAGGAAGGACCAUUUAUGAAAGGUGGCGGCUAGAGGGGGAGGGGAAUUGGUGCGAAAACCUAUAAUUAAUGUAUACAGUUGAACAUGACUUCCUGUGCUAUUAAAUGACUUUAGGGCCCAUUUCUGUCCUUGAGGUUUACCAUGGUAUUACCUCUCCAAUCAUUAUUUCCUAUAGAAAAUAAUAUACAAAACAAAACACGGAAUAGUUUAAUCAGACUAUGUACACUUCAAUACCAUUGUGCAUAAGGAUCUUAUGUACAUUCAGGGCUCGUGUAACUGGCAUGUUUAUUCUUAUUAUAUUUGAAUUGGUGGGAAUUGUAGUCCAUUAACUCUAUCUACCUGUUGCUUAUGGAGCAGUUCAUGCAAGCCUGGAGCUAGUCCCCUCAGAAGCACUUAUCAUAUUUGAAUCACUGGGAAUUGUAGUCCAUGUACCAUCUGUACCCCACCAAAGAGUCUUGUGUCCUGAAGCAUUCCAGUAAAGCUGAACACAUUUUGGAUGAUUUGUAUGCUGCUGGUCUAACAGGAACCUAAGCUUUGGUGUGUCUUCAUUUCCAUCGACUCCAAGAUCGGGCAUUCAGUGCUUUUCAGUUGUGUAUGGAAGGUUGUACCAGAAGUCUACAGAAUUCAGUUUUAAAAUACAAAUUAAUAAUUUUCGAUGGAUAUAUCAUUGUUGUGUAACCAAUUGCAGGGCUUCACUGUAACUAUCACUUCCACAAAACACGAUUUUUACAUUAUUAAACAGCUGUAAUACUC